AUGUAUUUUUUGAACAUUUUUCUAAUUUUCCCAACCCUUUUGCUUCUUUUAAAAUUAAUUUUGGGUGCUGAGAAGGAUGUAGAAUGGGGAUAUGAGGAACACAAUGGACCUGAUAAAUGGGUACAAAAAUGUAAGGAAGGAAAGAAUCAAUCACCUAUUAACAUUCAAACAAAAACCCUAAAAAUAAAUUGUUUGGAUAAACUUGAACUUGUAAAUUACAAUAAUUCUGGGGCUGUUGAAGUAAAUAAUAAUGGUCAUGGAGUUAUUGUCAAAGGAUUUGAACAUUGGGAUCCAAAGAAGAGACCCUAUAUUACUCGUGGAGGGCUAAAAGGAAAAUAUGUUCUGUUACAAUAUCACUUUCAUUGGGCAGUUGAUCAUUUGGAGGGGAGUGAACAUUGUAUAGACGACAAGUAUUAUCCUGUUGAGCUUCAUUUAGUUCACGUCAAAGAAGGGAAAAAGAGAAAACAUUAG